UACUGUCUCCCUUUCAUCCUCUCUUCUAUAUCCCUCUGAUCUCUCUCUUCCUCCAAAAGCAAAAGCAGCUGAGAUGGGUCGACUUGCACCGUUAUCAGAGGAGCCCAUCAACUUAGAAGACGACGGCACGAACAACUCAAAGAAAGGACGAGGUCUGACAUGGAGGAGCUGGAUCAAGACCCACCUCUCCCUCGUCUUCAACAAGAAAUCUGAUCUCAGGGUCCUCCUCAGCGUUCUGGGUUGUCCUCUCUUCCCCAUCCCACUCCAUCCCAAACAGUCCAUUAUCAACGAGGUGUGUUCCUCAGCCCAAUAUAUCAUACAACACUUCACGGCGGCGACGGGCUGCCGGAAAUUAGAGGGGAGGGUGAAGAACAUUUUCGCUACCGGGAAGUUAACCAUGGCCGUGGUGGAUGAGCUGGGUUAUGGCGGCUCGGCUUCGGGAGCCCCCGGAGUUUCACAAAAAGGAUGCUUUGUAAUAUGGCAGAUGGUCCCCAAUAAGUGGCUGAUUGAGCUAGUUGUGGGUGGUCACAAGGUUGUAGCCGGAAGUGAUGGCAAUGUGGCAUGGCGUCACACUCCCUGGGUCGGCGCUCAUGCAGCCAGAGGUGGUGUUCGCCCUCUCCGGCGAGCUCUUCAGGGACUAGAUCCUCUGGCUAUAGCGGCUGUAUUUUCCUCAGCCCAGUACUUGGGAGAAAAGCGAAUCUCAGGCAUCGAUUGUUUUGCGUUGAAAUUGUCAGCAGAUCAAACGGACCUGGCCGAACGUGGGGACAACACGGCGGAUAUGAUAAAGCACGUUAUAUACGGACACUUUAGCCAAAGGAGCGGGCUCCUGGUAUACUUGGAGGACUCUUACUUGAUGAGGAUCCAAUCCCCUGGGAUCCACCCCAUCUACUGGGAGACCACCAUGUCCACCAGAAUCGAGGACUAUCGGACGGUGGAGGGCGUGAUGAUCGCCCACGCUGGCCAAUCGAGCGUGACCAUUACACGGUUCGGAGACAACUUGAAGGCGGCCGGCCCCGCAGCCACACGGAUGGAGGAGACGUGGGCCAUCGACGAUCUUGCGUUCAACGUCCCCGGCCUCUCUGUUGAUUGCUUUAUUCCUCCUGCCGAAGUAGUGCCGAUGGAAGAGGAUCUUGUUUGGAGGUCACCGUUUGGUCAAUGAUCAUGAUUUUGAUCGUGCGGUGCUAAUUGAUUCUCAGCAAAGAUUGUAUAAUGUUGACUCGAUCCGGCGGUCCUUUUUUUUUUUUUUUUGUUAAUAUAU